AUGUUGACGAAGGCGGUAUUAUGUCUGGCUUUGGUUUGGAUAGUCUUGUGCUAUCACCGCGGACGGCCGUGUCCUUACCCUGGCAUUAUCUUUAAGGGCAAAGAACUUCAGAAACAGUGGUUCUUGACGGAAUUCGGCAAAAUAGCCGACUGGCAUUACAUAACGUCGCCCAACGGAUGGACGGACAACCAUAUCGCUAUUGAGUGGCUUGAGAGGGUCUAUUUGCCCCAGACGCGACCAGCCGAUGCCUCAGAUGCUAGACUGAUCAUAUUAGAUGGACAUGGAAGUCAUGCAACGGAUGCAUGGAUGGCCACAUGCUUUUGA